GAAGCUGGGAGGCUGAUUACCUGCACCUGUCUGAGGGAGUGGGAUUUAAAAGGCAGUUUGUGACUGCAGUAGGCUGCUGACUACAAUGUUGGUCAUGAUCUCCACACGAGACCUAGCUUCCAGAACCCAGACUGAACUCUUGGCUCACUGGACCCAGCUUUCCUUGACCGCGCUUUUGGACGCUGAUUUUGAUAAGGCUGUUGCAGUUGUUGCUGCUGAGAGCAACAGCCAGUUGGUGCAGCCACUUGAGUCACAGCUUGUUGAUCCUGAGGAGGCGAAAUGAGAGAGUGAAGUUCACAAAGGAGGCCCUGUGCACGAGGAGGAGGAGGGCAUGAAGCAGUGCCAGUUGCCCACAGCCACAUCUGCAGAACAGCAAGUACCAUGGUUUGGCUUUGAGAAAGCUUGUACAUUUGUGAGCCAGAGUGGGAGAAAUGUUAUUAUAUGAUGCAAUUACUGCCUUCCAAGGAGCAAAACUCUAAGAUCAGCUAUUUCCUCCUCAUCCAAUGUGAAGAAGCAUUUAGAGAGGGUACAUCCUGAGAAGCUGAGAGCAAUUGAAGAAGCAAUAAAGGCAAGGAGACGUGGCCAUCCUGAACCAAUGCAUGACAGCCCUCCUUCCAAAAUGCUGAAGCAGCAGCAGACAACCUUUGAGAGGUGGGGAUCUGGCAGGGAGCCUGUCACCCAGAGCAAUCUCGACAGGAGAAUCAUUGAUUUCAUUGUAGAGGAGACAUUACCACUUCAAACUGUGGACAAACCAUCAUUCAUUAGUCUGGUUCACAUUGGACUCCCAAAAGAUCUCACCAUCAUAUGUGCCAAGACUCUGAGAGACAGAGUUGAGGAGAGAGCAUGCUACAUGAGAAAAAACCUUGCACACCAAAUGGGUGCUGUGGCAUAUACAGCAACCACUGCAGAUUGUUGGACCAAUGGCAAGAAGAGUUACUUUGGGGUAACAGCCCACUGGAUCAACCCAACUACCCUGAAACGUGAGGUCGGGGCCUUGGCUUGUAAGCGUCUGAAGGGGCGCCAUACAUACGAUGUCCUUUCAAAAGCACUGCAUGAUGUACAUGUGCAGUACAGGAUCCACAACAAAGUUAUGUGCACUACUACAGACAAUGGCUCCAACUUUGUGAAAGCGUUCAGAGUUUUCAUGGCCAAAGAACCAGUGGAAGCUGCAGGCACCAGUGAUGAUGAUGGUGAUAACCAGGAGGAGGAGGAGGCUGAGGUGGAGUUUGUGCCCAUCUGUGAGAUCCUGGACACAGGACCUGAGGCAGAGGAAGAAGCUGCAGACUCAGGAGAAGAUUUUGUUUUACCACCACACCAGAGAUGUGCUAGCCACACCCUCAACCUUGUGGCAACACAAGACAUAGAGGCCAUGCUUUCUGACUCCUCCAAAAGCAGUCUUCUUGGUUCUUUCAAGAAACACGUUCCUUGAUGGGAAAGUGCAGCAAGUUGUGGUCCAAGCAGAACCAGUCAGCCCAGAUUGCUGAGUAUAUCCGUGCGCAAUGUGGUGUGUAUCUGAAGGUACCGAAUAAGACCAGGUAGAAUUCCACCUUUGAUGCGUUGAAGCAACUACAUGAACUCCUGUCAACUGUGCCACUAAAAAUGCAUGCCAUAAUGGACCGCUGCUCCUUGUCCAGUUUCUCAGCUGCUGAGACUGUAGUGGUGCAGGAAUAUACAGAGAUCAUGGGGCCACUAGCCCAGUCCUAGACAUCCUGCAACAGAGAAUGGCACAUUCAUGGGGUAUUUGCUACCAAUGCUCUACAAUCUGGACUGCAAGUUAGAAAGGCUGGAAAACAAACCUGUGAGGUACACAUACUGUUUUCAGCUGUUGAGAGGUGUGUGCGAAGCCCUGAGAAAGCGGUUUGCAGCUAUCUGAGAGGACAAAAGGCUUCUUCUGGCAGCCUGCCUACACCCUCGCUUCAAACUAGAGUGGCUGGAAUCAUGCCAGGGAACCACUCAUACCAACAAGUAAGAACAUUAGGGAAGCCCUUUGGGUGGAUUACUCCAAGGGAAAUGUUGUCUCAAGGGAGGCAUCAGAGGGCUUAAGGUGGUAGGCAGGGGCUGGGCCUUUUCUUCGGGGCUCCUCAUCACAACCUUGUGUGCUGCAGGUAAUCCUUAAGGGUCUGCUGUGCUGCCCCAUGAGUGUGGUGACUUGGUCACCUUCCUACCUUCUGUAUCAUCAUCCAUAGGCUCAGGCUGACAGUUGGACUCUGAAUCAGGGGACAUGACAAGCAUCAGGAAAGCAAGAGCAGAUGGUGGUUUCCUGACAUAUAUGUGUUAACAUAUCCUCUCUCUUUCUGAGAUACACAAUGGAAGCCUUGUUGAAAGCUGAAAUAAAGAUGGGUGCACUUAAUGAGGACAGUGAUCAGUCUUCAGACAAAGACCAGAAAGGAGAUGAUUUGGAAAAUGACUUUCAUUUUCAGCCCCAGGGCAAGACGUAGCAGUGGACACUGCUGAUGAGGAAUUGUUGAGGUACCUGAGGUCUCCCAGCAGGGAAGUGUCACCACUCCAUGGCUUUCCACGUGUGCUCUGGGGUGUUUUGUAGCACAACACAGGCAUGCCUUCAAGCGCCACAGUAGAACGCCUGUUCAGUACUGGUGGCAACGUAAUGACUAUAAAGAUACAUUCCUCGUCUGACGUGCUCUUUGAGCACCUUGUUCUUUUGAGACAUAACAGAAAUGUAUUGUAAAAGCAGCAUUUAUUUUCUUUUUUUAUUUAUUUAUUACAUUUAUUUACCGCCUCAUAGACGAAGCUCUCUGGGCGGUUUACAGCAAUUAAAAACAUUAAAAACAAAUAUACAAAUUUUAAAACAGAAAAAACAAUUUAAAAACACAAUUUAAAAUUUUUUAAAAACAAUUUCAAGUGUUAUAUUUGAUUUCACGUGUUGAGGUAUCAUCAUUGCUGGGGUGGGUGGGGGAUAUGAGAUUUUGUUAUGCCAUUCUGUUAAUCUUAUGGAUAAAAAAAAUUAUUCUACUACCCCCUGUGUGUGUGUGAUUAUUUUUAAUGUUGUUUUAGGCUACUUAGAUGUGCAGCAGCCAAGGCCAGCACCUUGUAGGCGUUUUUUAAAAAAAGUAACUGAAAUGUAAUUGUACUGAUUACUUUUGAGAAAAAAUAAAAUAAUCAGUUACUUUCAGAGCAGUUGGAAUUGUAAUGGUAAUAACUACUUUUUUGGGCCAUGUAAUUGUACAUGUAAUUUAUUACUUUUUAAAAGUAAUCUCUUGCCAACCUCCUGAAAAGAUCCAAACUAGCAGGCACUCACACACUCUGCAAGAUAAGGGAUGUUAUUCCAAAGUGAUAAAUUAAUUUUUUUUAAAUGGUGGUUGUUUUUCAAAAUCAAAGUGAUAAUUUCAUUGGACAGUGAAGAAGCUGGAUUCCAGGUUCAAUUCAAAAGGGAAUAAUUCUGUAGAGUGUUCUGUACAAGACUUGCAGCCUAAUCCUAUAUAUGUUUAUUCAGGAGUAACUUCAAUAGUAAGUCCUAUGUCUAAGUAAAUGUGCUUACGAGUGUACUCUUUCUGUUUCAUAAGGAAAUAUGCGCUAUGAAAAAAUAAUGUCAUGCACCUACAUACACAUCUUUUAAAAGGCAGCUAGUAAUUUUUGUAAGGUCAGGAAAAGUCAACUAGUUUGGCAACCCUUGAACCAAACUUUAAAAAGUGCUAGAACUAAGUCUGUCUAUAGUACUGGGGAAAUCAAGGAUUCACAAUGAAAUCUAAAUUGUGUUUCAAAAAUGCAUAGAAAGUCAUAGGAUAGAGGCAAGAGGAACAGAAAUGCUGAAUAAAAAAAUUAUAUAAAAGGAUAUAUAUUUUAUGGUGGUGUUUUAUCAUGUGUGUUUGAGAUGUUUUUAAGAAAGAUCCCUUU